AUGCACCGGCUGCCGAUUGAAGUCAUUGAGCGCAUCUUCGAAUUUCUUCCACAGAAAUCCAAGCUAAGCUUUUUCCUGACCCUCAAAAAUUUCCCAAUUUCGUUGUUCCUUCGUGAAAUCGAGUGCUCGAAUCUCGCCGAUUUGCUGUCAUCGUUGGCCAUCGAGAAUCGAUUCCGACACGUUCGACGCCUUCGAAUUGUCAAGAAGCUCGAAAUGAGCCGAAUUAUUCAAGAUUUGGGCACCAUUCGGGAAAAAAUGCCCAAUUUACGGACCCUUGAGUUCAGGGACAUUCAGUUUCGAGAAAUCACGUGUUCGAAUAUCGCAAAAAGAAAAGUUGGGCAUGACAUCGACAAUCUCAUCUGGAGAAGUUUUUAUAAAGAAAUUGGAAAAUUGCCAAGAUUAAAAAAACUGUCAUUCAACGGCUCCACAAUAAAUGUGGAAAAUCUGAAAUUAAUUUUCGAGCAAAAUUCGCCGAAAAUUGUCGAGCUCGAUUUGCGCAACACGAAAACGUGCCUGAGCGAGACGGACUUGAAGUAUUUGCGAGAAAACACGAGCAUUCGCAUCAUUCAUAUCGAUUCGAUGAAUCGAAAUUCGACGGAGAAUUUCAAGUGGAAAACCCAUGGAAAAAUAUUAACACUCGCGGCGAGUCAUUGUGCGAAUUGA